GUUUCGAAUUUUCCACUGUCUGGAUCGUGGGAAGCGUCCUACAAGUUUUUUUGCGCAAAAGAGUUUGUUUGCUAAAUUUAAUCAUUUGCGAUAAUUAUUCAGCGUUGCAUUUUCCAAAUUAUUUGAUCGUUGUUGAAUACAUUUUUUAAUUUAUCACCUCGAAAUUUCAUUCAACAUGAACUCGAUUCUUAUGAACAUUUGUCGGCUCUUUCGCUUCUAAUGUUUCGGAAAGAAGCAGAUUUUUAUCAAUGGGUGCCAGUAAUGAGGAAAGUACUCACAAUGCCAUAAAAUGACUUCACUUAGUGAUUUCAAUGAAACCGUAAGAUGGACAACUUCACUGAGGUCAAUCUUUAUGAAUCAUUUGAUCAAAAUCGGACAACGCCUGUUUUUGCCAUUGGACCCGAAUUUAUUGCGCAAUGGAAGUUUCAGAAGCAAAAGGAAAAAAUCUGCAAAACAAUAUAUCAAGGCAUUAUAUCAGUGAACAAAUGUACCGAGACCAUAAAUUUUACAGCUUUUGAUAGCGAGGCAAUGUAUGGCAGUGAAACCGAUUUUAUGCGAUACAACCUCCUACAAACCAGCAACAUGCAAAUUUUCGGAGCAUCUUCCCAGAAGGUCAACGGAGAUAUUCCCCAUCUUAAGAAACUACCCGGGCCUGACUUACUGAUACCAAUUACGCCAAAACAUACUCACACCAAAGUAAGGAAUGAUUCGCAAGCGAAUCAGCCUGAACCGAAAAAACCCACACCACAACACUUGGUAAGACCCAACAAGAUCCCCUAUUUACCCACAUCAUACAGUUCGAUUGAAAUCGGCGCAAAACCGCUUGUAGCGUCCUGUAAACCCCCGAACAAACAGAUUCAUAGCACGUAUGACUUGCUAACUGGAAUGGAUACGUCCGAGUUAACUUACAUGGAUGAAAGUAGCGUAGUUAUCCCUUCCCCAGUGUUGGAGAAAGUUUCCAGUCUUAGUAACAUAUCCAACACUGAGCAAAAUAAUGGUCUGGCGCCAUCGAGCGAGUAUUAUGAGCGAUUGCUUCCAAACGUAGACCAUUCGAUUAGUAAUCCCAGUAGGAUCCAAGAUAAAGAAAAACUUACUCCGAAUCCGUAUUAUAGCCAAAGUAACUGUAGUAGUCUUCGCAACUCUCAGCCGCAUAAAGACCCGACAAAUUUUCAGACGGUCGAGGCUCAUAGCAAUUCCGUUCGGAUUCACACUGAGGUAACUCUGAGCUCGAAUCGCCCCAUCACGUCUCUAGUAAGCAAGAAGAGCUAUGGUGACGAUUCCCAAAAAAGCUCCUUUAAAGAUGGAAGCACUAAGGGUUCGUUCAAGGAUAGUUGCGCCAGUUCCCCUUGUGAGGGAAUAUCAGCCAUAUCGCAAACAGAUACGGAUGCCACCACGGACGCCGCUUCUCGCAGAGCUUUUGUCAAGUCGCUAGGGAAGAAAUUUAAAGCCAAGAAGAAAACCCUAUCGGGACCUCUUGGUGCUUUCGGGAUGCGGCAGAAAUCGAAAAGCGAAAACCGGGCCCGGAAAGCUUUGCGGACCAUUUCAUUUAUUUUAGGCGCCUUUGUGAUUUGUUGGACGCCGUACCAUAUUUUUGCGCUCGUUGAAGGCUUUUGCACCCAACCUCCUUGUAUAAAUCCUCGUCUUUACAUGUUCUCGUACUUUCUUUGCUACACCAACAGCCCCUUAAAUCCGUUUUGCUACGCCCUAGCCAAUCAACAGUUUAAGAAAACCUUCACAAGGAUUCUCAGAGGCGACUUUCAUAUUACUUAAUGCAUUACAGCGUGAUAUUGACAAUAAUUCUAGACGGUUUUCACCAAUUAAAUGUCGAGUAGUUGCAGUAUAGGAUACGAACGGUAAUAAAAGAAGCGACACUCUUUUAGACCUUACCCAAAUGGACAUUACAGGAAAAUCUUCAUGUAAAGGUGUUUUGGUUGCAGGCAACGAAUUUCUUUCUGGUACUGUGAAGUACUUGGUGUGGCUCAAAGUAACCAUCAAGUUAAGUUUUUUUUAAUGAAAUAGUCCAACUUUCUUAGGCAAACUGGUAUUAUGCAAUAAACUCGUCCUGAUUUGCGUAUUACAAAGGAUGUUCCAAUAAGAACGACGGAUUUAAAUUUGAAAUAAAACAUACAUUUUUGAGGAAUUUUAUAUAUUUUUUAGGAAUUUUCCUUAAACAAAUUUGUAUUGUUUAUUUAGACAUUUAGGAACACAUUUUUCCAAAAUCAGAAAGAAUUAUUGUAUGUUAUUGCUUUCAUUAUGCUUACACAGACCGCAGCCAAAAAUGUUUAGGUAUACCGACGUUUUAUACCUAUAAUACGCAUACCAAUUUCGAAAAAAAAAUGCAUUUGGUAGAAUAAUGGCUUAAGCAACUUAAAAUAGAACAAAUUAAAUUAAUUGAAAAUAUCGAAAUAAAAAUUUGAUCAAAUAAUGAAAAUGUCUACUUCAAACGGCGAACUUUGCAGAUAUACAGUUAUACGCUAAUUUCGGGACACCAUGGCCUAUUGGCACAGAAAGUAGUACGUAGCCACAAAAUAGAAUCUCAACGUAAUUCGCUCAAUUCUCCAGUAAAAGCAUGGUUCGUAUUACCAGCAGCAUUAUCUGUUUAUAUCUAUUGAAAAAUUGUUGCCAGCACUCAAUCAAGGGGAUUUUAGCAAAAGAAGCAGGGAGUUUACAGUGAAAUCUGCAAUAAUAACUUCGUUUCGCCCACAUAUACAAAGACACAAUACUCAAUGAUCAUACUCAGUUUGUAAUAGUUUUAGAGGCAAAUAUGGUGUUAAGGGUUUUCAGUCUAUUAGCACUGAAGACCAAUAUAGUAAGUAUAUUUCCUAUUACAUAGUCUGUUAUAGGUGCAUUUAAAGCUUCCCUAAAUUAUAAUUUUCAGAAAAAAACACACAUUUUAGUUAGUUUCUCCGGGUGCGUUUGAUUCUUUUUAUAAUUUAUUUUCGAUAACCCAACAGCGCUUUUAAGUUACAAAACAAGCUAAUAUAAUAAUAGCCAUUACAUAAAACUAAUUUA